CUUUGCCAACAGGAUAGGAGAAAUCCAAAAGUCUGUCUCAGUUGAAGACUGGUGGUGGAUCCCAGGGAACCUCAAUAUAGCAGACACCAUUACAAGGGGAGCUUCUCUGAAAGAUCUGCAAGAGACAUGGCAAAGUGGACCGGAUUUUUUGAGGAAGCCAUUAGAAGAAUGGCCAAUAAAGUCAGCUAGGGAAGUGGUAGCUGACGCAAGGGACAGCAUUAGUAAGCUACAGAGGAAGGCCUUUUCAGCAGUAAUGACAAGAGGUCAAGUGAAGAGAUGCCACGGGGUCACCUCCCAGGAGCACACUAAAGCUGAAGACUCUGUUGAAAGGAAUGGUGCUGAACCUACUCACCUGACUGUCUGCCCUGAUGCAUCAGAAAUUGAUCCAGGAGUGAAACAGGGUGAAGUUGCAAUGAGGAAGACACUUACCGGUUCGGCUGUCAAAAAUCUUUUGGAGGUGAAGAGGUUUAGUUGCUUGUCCAGACUGGUGAAUGUCAUUGCUUGGAUAAGACAGGCUGCUGACAUCUGGCUAGGCCUGAAAUAUCAGACCCAAAAGAAAUCAAAGUGGGAGGCAUCACCCUCAAAAGGAGAAUGUAAAGUUCUUACUCUCAGUGUUGAAAACUGUGAGUAUGCCUUCAGAACUCUCUCCUUCGCAGCUCAAGAAGGCAUAACAUUCCCUGACACUACUCUCAACCGGCUAGUGGUGGUUAAGCACAAAGAUGGACUCCUUCUCUGCGGCGGCAGAAUCCAGGCCUUCAGAGAAGAUAAGUCUUUAGUGCCCAUUCUCCCUCAAGACGCAUGGAUUUCUACACUGCUUGCACAAGAAGCACACAAUGUCAAUCAUGAGGGUAUAGCAGGAACACUGUUGAGGAUGAGAAGAAAAGCCUGGGUGGUUAAGGGAAGAAGGAUAGCCAAAAAAGUAGUGGACAGUUGUGUCAUCUGCAGAAAAGCGAGAGGAAAGAGAUGCAAACAAAUAAUGAGUGACUUACCGCCUGAGCGGACCACACCAGCAGCCCCAUUUCAGUUCACUGCUGUGGAUCUAUUUGGGCCAUAUGAAGUGAAAGAUGAGGUGAAGAAGAGAGCAAGGCUGAAAGUGUGGGGUAUCGUGUUCAGUUGCAUGGCAUCCAGAGCCAUUCAUGCUGAUAUUGUCAGUGAUAUGUCUGCAGAAGGAUUUCUGCUGGCCUACCAGAGAUUUACGUCGCUGAGGGGACACCCCAGCAAGGUAUGGUCUGACCCAGGCACCAACUUUGUCGGGGCCAAACCUGCCCUUGAAGACCUGUAUCGGUUCCUGGAGCACCUGGAAAGAUCAGGGUUGGAGGAAAAGGCAGCCAAGCAUGGCACGAAGUGGACCUGGAAGAUCCAUCCUGCGGACUCGCCUCAUAGAAAUGGAGCAGCUGAGGCGGCAGUGCGAACUGUAAAGAGAGCACUCCAGAACGUAGGGGGCAAUGGAGUCUUCACAUGGGGAGAAUUCCAGACGUUUGUGUAUAUGGCAGCCAAUCUGGCCAAUGAGAGGCCUGUAGAUGCGAGAGCACAAAGCCAAGAAGAUUGUGUGGAGUAUAUCACUCCAAACUCCCUCCUGCUGGGGCGGUCGAGCUUGAGAGGAGACCCAAGAGACUUCCAGUUUGAAGGUUACCCCUACAAAAGGCUGCGAGUGAUCCAGUCAGAGGUAAAUAAGUUUUGGAAGAAGUGGUGUCAAUUGGCAGGCCCGAACCUCUUCGUUAGAAGCAAAUGGCACACGAAGGAGAGGAAUGUUGCAGUAGGAGAUGUUGUGUGGCUUGCGGAUCAGAACGCCUUAAGAGGUCAGUUCAAAGUAGGCAGAGUGAUCAGUGCAUGUCCUGACGAGAAAGGAGUCGUGAGAGACGUCAAAGUCAGGACGUUUCCCAGCUAUCCAGUCAUGAUCAAGAAGCCAUCCCAUGAAGAACAUAGUAGGAGUACUCCAGCAGCAAAGAACAACAAGAUCCCUGCUACAGUCCUACACAGAGACGUCAGACGUCUUGUUGUGUUGAUUCCUGUGGAGGAGCAAUGAAGAGAAGAUCCGGCACGCUCCAGAGAAACAGGACGUGACCUCCUUGGGUUCUGGAACCAGGAGCUCAAGUGGGAGGUGUGCUGUUGGAUCGCAAGUGGAAAGGGACUUUUGUUUUGAGUGAAAAAAAAAAAAAGAGACUUUUAUUUUGAAAAGGGAAGUGGAGACUUUACAGUUCUCAUGCCAGAAAGCAGGAAGUGCAGAGCUAUCUUCAAGCACAUGUAGUAAGAAGCUGUGAAGUUUAGCUGAGAAGCACAUGGUGAAUUAUUAUUGAAGAUAAAGGGUGAAGUGGGGAAAUACUUUACUUGCUGGGCAUUUCCAGGGAUGCUACUGGUUUUCAACCUGACGCAAUCUGACAUAGCCUGAUGUAAAC